UCCCCAGUGGGCCGCCAUGUUGUCGGAGUGAAAGGCAGGGGGAGCGGCGGCCAGAGCGAGAGGAGGCCGGGGGGGAGGGGGGGCGCGGAGAUCCAUCUUCAUCCUACCGCUCCGCCCGUGUUGGUGGAAUGAGCGUUGCGUGUGUGUUGAAGAGAAAAGCAGUGCUCUGGCAGGACUCCUUCAGCCCCCACCUGAAACAGCACGGUCAAGAGACGGCUAAUCCCAACAUGCCUGUUGUUUUGACAUCUGGAACAGGGUCCCAGGCUCCGCCACAGCCAGCUGCAAACCAAGCCCUUGCAGCGGGGACACACUCCAGCCCUGUUCCUGGAUCUAUAGGGGUUGCCGGCCGCUCCCAGGACGACGCGAUGGUGGAUUACUUCUUCCAGCGGCAGCACGGUGAGCAGCUCGGGGGAGGUGGCAGCGGCGGCGGCAGCUACAACAACAGCAAGCAUCGGUGGCCCACUGGAGACAACAUUCACGCCGAGCAUCAGGUUCGAUCUAUGGAUGAAUUAAAUCAUGAUUUUCAAGCGCUUGCUCUGGAAGGGAGGGCUAUGGGAGAGCAGCUUUUGCCAGGCAAAAAAUUUUGGGAGUCGGAUGAUACCAGCAAAGAUGGACCAAAAGGAAUAUUUCUGGGCGAUCAGUGGAGAGACAGCGCUUGGGGACCAUCAGAUCAUUCUGUUUCCCAGCCAAUCAUGGUUCAGAGAAGGCCCGGUCAGGGCUUUCACGUAAAUAACGAGGUGAACUCAGUGCUGUCCCCACGAUCAGAAAGCGGCGGGCUUGGAGUUAGCAUGGUGGAGUAUGUGUUGAGCUCAUCCCCCGGGGAUUCCUGUCUCAGAAAAGGAGGAUUUGGGCCGAGGGAUGCCGAGAACGACGACAACGAUAAAGGCGAUAAGAAAAACAAGGGUACAUUUGAUGGCGACAAAUUAGGUGACCUGAAGGAAGAGGUGGACGUAAUGGACAAGGCCAACGGCUUGCCUGUACAAAAUGGGAUUGACGCCGACACAAAGGAUUUUAGCCGGACUCCUGGGAAUUGCCAGAAUUCUGCCAGCGAUGUGGAUCUUUUAGGGCCAAACCAGAACGGAUCCGAGGGCUUAGCCCAGCUAGCUAGUACUAACGGUGCCAAGCCAGUCGAGGAUUUCUCUAACAUGGAGUCUCAGAGUGUUCCACUGGAUCCCAUGGAACACGUUGGCAUGGAGCCCCUUCAGUUUGACUACUCCGGCACUCAGGUACCCGUGGAUUCAGCUGCAGCAACUGUGGGAUUGUUUGACUACAAUUCUCAACAACAGUUGUUCCAAAGACCGAACGCGCUCGCCGUCCAGCAGCUGACCGCCGCGCAGCAGCAGCAGUACGCGUUGGCAGCCGCGCAUCAGCCUCACAUAGGUUUAGCUCCUGCCGCCUUCGUGCCCAACCCGUACAUCAUCAGUGCUGCUCCACCCGGAACGGAUCCCUACGCGGCGGGCCUCGCGGCGGCUGCAACAUUAGGGCCUGCUGUCGUCCCUCAUCAGUACUACGGAGUCGCUCCCUGGGGGGUCUACCCCGCCAGUCUUUUCCAGCAGCAGGCAGCUGCGGCGGCUGCCGCCACAAACUCAUCCAAUCAGCAGACCACUCAGCAGACCCAGCAAGGACAGCAGCAGGUUCUUCGUGGAGGCGCCAGCCAACGCCCAUUGACACCAAAUCAGAACCAACAGGGCCAGCAGACCGACCCGCUAGUGGCCGCUGCAGCUGUGAACUCGGCUCUUGCGUUUGGACAAGGGCUGGCCGCGGGGAUGCCAGGCUAUCCAGUGCUCGCUCCCGCCGCUUACUAUGACCAAACAGGUGCUCUUGUGGUGAAUACAGGGGCCAGGAACGGCCUGGGAGCCCCGGUCCGACUGGUAGCCCCAGCUCCCGUUAUCAUCAGUUCCUCGGCAGCACAAGCAGCCGUUGCAGCCGCCGCCGCUUCAGCCAAUGGCGCCGCCGGUGGUCUAGCAGGAACCACCAACGGCCCCUUCCGCCCCCUCGGGACUCAGCAGCCCCAGCCGCAGCAGCAGCCCACCAGCAACCUGGCCUCCAGCUCCUUCUACGGCAACAACUCCCUCACAAGCAAUUCCCAGAGCAGCUCACUCUUCUCUCAGGGCUCCGCCCAGCCGGCCAACACCUCCCUCGGCUUCGGGAGCAGCAGUUCACUUGGUGCUACACUGGGAUCCGCGCUGGGAGGUUUUGGGACGGCAGUUGCAAACUCCAACACGGGCAGCGGCUCUCGCCGAGAUUCUCUAACGGGCAGCAGCGAGCUGUACAAGAGGACAUCUAGCAAUCUGACCCCCAUCGGGCACAGCUUUUACAACGGCCUCGGCUUCUCCUCUUCUCCGGGCCCUGUCGGCAUGCCUUUGCCUAGCCAAGGGCCUGGCCAUUCUCAGACCCCGCCGCCCUCCUUAUCUUCUCAUGGAUCCUCUUCGAGCCUAAACCUUGGGGGGCUCACAAACGGAAGUGGCCGCUACAUCUCUGCCGCCCCGGGGGCCGAAGCCAAGUACCGCAGUGCAAGCAGCGCCUCCAGCCUUUUCAGCCCCAGCAGCGCGCUGUUCCCUUCCUCACGCUUGCGCUAUGGGAUGUCCGACGUCAUGCCUUCCGGGCGCAGCAGGCUCCUGGAAGACUUCCGUAAUAACCGGUACCCGAACCUGCAGCUGAGGGAGAUUGCUGGGCAUAUCAUGGAGUUCUCUCAGGAUCAGCAUGGAUCUAGAUUUAUCCAGCUGAAACUGGAACGUGCUACCCCGGCCGAGCGGCAGCUUGUGUUCAAUGAAAUCCUCCAGGCUGCUUAUCAGCUGAUGGUUGAUGUCUUUGGAAACUACGUCAUCCAAAAGUUCUUUGAGUUUGGCAGCCUGGAACAAAAACUGGCCUUGGCUGAGCGCAUCCGUGGCCACGUCCUUUCCUUGGCUCUGCAGAUGUACGGCUGUCGAGUCAUCCAGAAGGCGCUUGAGUUUAUCCCUCCCGACCAGCAGAACGAGAUGGUCCGAGAACUGGACGGCCACGUCCUGAAGUGUGUGAAAGACCAGAACGGCAAUCAUGUGGUGCAGAAAUGUAUCGAGUGUGUGCAGCCCCAGUCCCUGCAGUUCAUCAUUGAUGCAUUUAAGGGGCAGGUGUUUGCCUUGUCCACCCACCCCUAUGGUUGCCGUGUCAUUCAGAGGAUCCUUGAGCACUGUCUACCUGAGCAGACCCUGCCCAUCCUGGAGGAGCUGCACCAACAUACAGAACAGCUCGUGCAGGAUCAGUAUGGCAACUACGUUAUCCAGCACGUACUUGAACACGGGCGACCUGAAGAUAAAAGUAAGAUUGUGGCCGAAAUUCGAGGCAACGUCCUUGUGCUGAGCCAGCAUAAGUUUGCCAGCAACGUAGUGGAGAAAUGCGUCACACAUGCCUCCCGCACGGAGCGUGCCAUGCUGAUUGACGAAGUGUGUACUAUGAACGAUGGCCCUCACAGUGCCUUAUAUACCAUGAUGAAAGACCAGUACGCCAACUACGUGGUACAGAAGAUGAUCGAUGUGGCGGAGCCAGCCCAACGGAAGAUCGUCAUGCACAAGAUCCGGCCACACAUUGCCACUCUCCGCAAAUACACCUACGGAAAACACAUCUUGGCCAAGCUGGAGAAAUAUUACAUGAAGAACGGGGUUGACCUGGGGCCCAUUUGUGGGCCACCAAACGGUAUCAUCUGAGACGACGGACUUGCAGGACAGAGCCGGUGACCAUCUGGA